AUGGUAACACUUUCUGACCCCACAUCCACAGCAGGGUUGUUUACGACUGCAUCAGAUGUGGGUGGGAGAUCAGUGCGCUCAUCAGAACCGUGUCUACGGUAUACGCUUUUGCAAUCGCGUCAGAAAGGCACGAUGGCGACGUUGAGGAGCCUAGAUUAA